GGCAAGCAAGUCAGUUGAGCGAGUGCGUCGAGUGUGUGCGUAAGUGGAUCGGCCGAUGCGAAGUGAAGAGAGUCGGCGGUGUCGAAAAUUCGGUCGGACAGUGCAGGGACGACGGCCCGCCGCGAGGAGCAUCGUCGGCCGCCGGGCCAUGAGCCGCCCGGCGCCGCCGCGAUGACCCGCCGCUGACCAUGGGCCCAAGCGUGGCCGCAGCGCUGCUGAUGCUGGCCGCCGGGCUGGCCGCCGCAGAGUCGGCGGCCGCCAACAUGCCGGCCGUGUGCACCGAGGAGCCCGGCUGCAAGUGCACGCGCAUGGCCAACGGCUUCUGGGUGCAGGUCGCGUGCUCCUGCACACCUGGACAGGAUUUACUUGAAAUCAAGCCAGAGCAACUUCCCUUGGAACUGCUGACUUUGGAAAUCAGCCGGUGCAAAGAGGUGCGGCUUCUCCAGGGUGCCUUGUCCUUACAAAGGGCCCUGAGAAAAAUCCACGCCCGUGACGUUGGCAGCCUGACCCUGAAAAAGAACUCCUUCCUUAACGCCACUGCCACAAACACCCUGCUUCUCGUUGAAAAUUGCUCCACUGUUGUUAUUGAAAGUGGUGCUUACAAGAACACCCUGACGCCGCAGUCCAUGUACCUGGAGAAGGCCAAUCACGUUGUCAUCCAACCUUCGGCGUUUUCGUGGAUUCAGGAUUUCCAGUUCAAAAAGGUGGCUCGGCUGGAGUUGCACAAAAAUGCCUUUUCACAGUCUGGAGCUGCCAUCGGUCACCAUGGGCCAGCAACAAAGGUUACAAUUGAGGAUUCGUUGAUUCCCGAGAUUCCCGGACUGGCGUUUCCUUUGAGUGCAGCCGAGUUGCGCAUCCACCGCAGCGGAGUCAGUGCCAUUCGUAGGGACGCAUUCAGCGGCCUUCUAGUCCUCAACCUCUCCAUUGAACACUGCAACCUGCACACUGUCGAGAGUGGCGCGUUCAGUCCCAGGACGCUCGUGCACAGGUUGAACUUUAACAACCUGACAAUCGACACUGUUCAUUCCAAUGCCGUCCAGUCAGCCAUCGCCAACUUCACGCUCCAGAAUACAAAGAUUGGUGAAAUUCGAGAGGGUGGUGUCAACGUCACCGCAGCUACCGUUACCCUGGUUAGCAACACGUUCUACAGGCUUCACUCCCGAGGCCUGGCCUUCUCCCAAUGGGACCGCCUGGAAGUUGUUAACAACACCUUCAGGAACAUGGGCUUCAGCGGCGUGUGGGCUCCAUCCGAGCGAAACGAUGGCACCGUUGUCUUCAUAGACAACACCAUUGGGCAAAUGUCACCUGAGCGUGGUGUUCUGUACUUUGGAAUCUCACCACGGAGCAACUCCCUGGACGUUCAGGUGCAAGACAACCGCUUCCAAAGGGACUGCGUCUGCAGCGACUGGUUGAGGGAGGAGGUUUCCCCUCGCAGGGGUGAGCCUCUACCUUCAGACUACGCUCACAGAUCGACCGAUUUCUGGGUGGAGGCCUUUAAGAACUCGUCAUACUGUGUGGUGAGGGAUGUCUUGUCUCGCUGCUUUGGUAGCAACACCACCAGCAGCUUUAUGCGUACUUCCAGUUAUUCGGACAGAGUCUGCAGCGCUCGCACAGCCAUACAGUGCCAGAACGGCGAAGUAGUUGAUAUCCCUGAUCCAACAACCUCCAAGGACAUCACUGUGUUUCAACUAGCUUGGCCCCUUCUAGGUGUAGCCAUGCUCGGUGUUUUAAUCAUCGUCAUAAUCAACGCGAUGGUCAGAUGUUAUAGGCAGUACCCAGGAGACAGACUUUCCGCCUCCAAAAUAUUCCCUUGUCUGAGGAGACGAGAAGUGGUGGAUGUAGAGACGCCCACUCUGCCCAUAGGGACGGUAGUUAGUAAUUCCAUCGACUUGCUACCGGGCCCUAGGAAACAGAAAAGAAAGAAGAGGCACAAGCGGCGAAAUGUGGGUGUCACCGCGAGUGAGGACAAUACUCUGAUUAUGGAUGAAGUGACUCCUGGAAGUGAAUCUGGAACCGUUCGAACGACCGCCUCAACACUGGACUCUGAAAUUGAGGUUGCUGACCACGGAACUCAGACGGUUGGCACCGGAACUUUGGUGGAUGACAUUUUGUCUGACCUCAAGGAGAAGUUGAAGGAUCCCAAAGCCUAUGGCGAGACGAGGGAGAUGAUCGAGAAUAUCUAUAACCAAAUCACCACAGAGUCAAACCUGAGACCAGCCAUUGCUGAGAACACCUACGCCGAAAUCCAGCCUUCCACCUCUUCAAGCCAGAGUCCGGUGGUGUGCGAGUACGUUGACCCCAGGGACAGACGGAACAACAUCUACACAGAACCGCAAACACGCCUCGGAAGAAUUUACAACUUCGUCAUGGGUCACUCGCAGAACAAUGAAGUCCUUGAAGCGCGCCCGGCGGCUUUGACCGAGUACAUGAGUCCUUCAGAUGCAAGGAUCAACGUUUACACAGAGGUGCAGCAACCGUCUCGAAUUCAGAAUCGGCCGCUGCCACGCACGCCGGAGGAGGACCUGAGCGAUAGUUCCGAAGGGGAGACAGGUGAAUCGGACGACGACGAGUCGAGCUAACGCCGGAAGGCGGAAAAAGUUCUGUGAUAGGCGAACGUGGAAAGUGCACUAGUGAUGUAAAUACGGAAAUUCUCGGUGUUUUGAUACAUAAUCUUUGUGAUGUCCCUGAUUGACUAACUUUUAUAUAACUGGCCGCCUUCGAUAGACGCUUUUUUAUACACAGUGCUUCGUACGGUGACGGAUUUUGAGAUGUAAAAAUCUUUUAAUUACGAGACAAGACUGUUGCAACGAGGAUGUUAUUUAGCGUCAAGUGCUUCUCUCUUUAUUGGAUUCUAAUCAAUUUGCUCAUUUUGUACAUUUAAACGUCCGCAAUUAUAUGAAAAAGUAAUCACACUGCUA